AAUGAACCAAUCUACUUUAUAACAAUCCACUGCUUUGAAUUCAUCAAUAGCCUAAAGUCAUAUCUCUAAGAUUAUGAAUAAAACAUAUCUUUUGAGUGAACAUGAUUCUUAGAUGAGAGAAGUGCUUCAAAUUAGUUAUAAGGAUUAACAUCAAAGUUUUAAAAAUGAGAUAUCUAUGAUUUAAGGAGCAAAAGAUUCAAUAGUAUGAUACUUGUAUAUUUAUAAUGAUAGACAACAGGUGUAUAUUUAAGUAAUAUUCAGAAAGAAAGAGCUGAUCAAUUUGAUGUUGUGUUGGCUUAGCGUAAAUUUCUGUGGAAACAAGAAGAAUAAUUAUAUUAAUAAAUAGAUGAUUUAAAGAAAACUAAUAAAAGAUUUUAAGAUAGUGUUAGUCAUUAUGGAGUUCGUAAUCAUAAUUUAGAAUUAGAAGUAAAAUAAAAGUAUGAUUCAAUUCAAACAAAACUAAAUUCAGUAAGAGAAGAGAAGAAAGAAUUAUUGAAGAAUUUUGAAUAGAUUCAAUAAAAAUAAACUACUAGUCGAUCUAAGUUUUCUAAUGUGGGAUAAUAAAUUCUUGAGAAUCCCUAAUACAGAUCUAUGAUGGAUUUUAUAAAUUAAUAAGAAAAGAAAGUAGAAGCUAUGAAGAUUGAAUUUAAUGAUCCAGCUUCUAAUUAAAUAAUUCCAUUUGAUAAAAAACUUUAAUAAAGUAAUUAUUCAAUUCUAUUUUAAUAAAGUGGCUGAAAAUACAUUUGAGAAAUAAGCAAGAUUUCUAUAUUAAGGAACUAAAUUUGAAGGCAAUGACUAAUAAAAAUUGGCAGCAUUAAGUACAUUAAGAAAUAAAGUUGAAUAAUAUAUUGAAGAUAGAGGACUUUAAGGUGUUAUCUUAGAUAUGCCUUUUAAAUUAAAUAUGACUAAAGAAUAAGAAAGUGCUCAUAAGGUUGAAUAUAAUCAAACUUUAACAGAGAUUGAUAAAAUUAGAAAUGAUUAUAUUCAAUCAGGAGGAACUGAUCCUAAUUUUCUGAUAUCAGUUAAUAAUUUAGAAAGAUAUUACAAAAAGAAUCAUCCUAUUGGAAAAGAAGAAAUGCCUGAUAAAUUGACUAUGAAUCUAGAAGAAAGAGGGCCUAUUACAUAAAAUCCUAUAUUUUAAUAUUUACCUUAAACUUUUUAAAAAGAGAUUCUAGAGUUGGAAAAUUAGGUUUAGAUUUAGAGAGAAGCAGAUAGAAGAAAUCCAAAUUUAAAUAAGGAAUUAUUGAGAGGAGGAUCAAUUGAUGUAGAUGAUUCUAGUAAGGCUGAUGAGAUGAUGUUAGAAAAUUUAAGAUAAUAAGAAAUUAGUAUAUUAUUAACAGAUAAUAUGACUGAAGAAAAUAAAAAGAAAUAUGAUGAAAUAUAAAGAUUAAAAUAAAUAUAUGAAUAAAGAUAUUUGGAAAAGAAAGUAUAAGAAUAAUUAGAAUUGAAAUAAGUUGAAGAAGAUGUUUUAAAUUUUAAAGGGAGACCAUAAGAUAAAUUAAAUUAUUUAUAAUAUCUUUAAGGUUAAAUAGGUACAAUGCCAUUACAUUAUGAUCCUGAUGGAGGAUUUAUUGUUAGAUUAGAUUUUGUUAAUAAAUUACCUAUUAUUUAUGAACAUGUUAAGAUUAGUUAUGGAUUAUUUAUUAGAAAGUAAUGUUUAUUUAAUAACUUAGUUUAGAUGAUCCUCAUACAACAAAAACAACUUAGUAACAUGAAUGUACUUAAGAAAAUAUAUUCUAAAAGAAAUGUAUAAUAUAGGAAAGAUUUGUUGAAAGAAAUCAUGAAAUAUAUAAGGAUACAUAUCUUUAUCUUAUUUUAUGGUGUUAUAAUUAAGAUUAUGGUAAUGGUGCAGUACCAAUCUAAGUAGGUUGGACUCUACAUAAAGUAUUUGAUGAAGAGAAUUUAAUAUCAGGAUGUUUUUUAUUACCUUUUUAUAAUACUUCAUUUACAUAUGAUUUAUAUAAAUAAGUGGAAAUUUAAGAAAUCAAAUUAGGUCUUAGAAUUAGUAUGCCUGGUGAUGCUGUUUUAGAUUUGGACACUAAAAUAAUUAAUAUUGUAGAUUAUAAAUUAUAGCCUUUACAUUAAAAAUAAUAGGAUGUUAUUGAUCUAGAAAAAUAAUUUAAAUUUAAAGAAUAUAGAGUAUUCCCUAUUCCAAAAGAAUUCUUAAAUAUGCAAUGCAAUAAUCCUUCAUUAUGGAAAUCAGAACUUCCUCCUAAUGUGUACAAAUUAAUGGACUUUGGUUUUUUAAAUGAAUAAUAGGCAGCACUUAAAUAACAAUAAUUAGAAUAUAAUGAAAGAUAAUAAAAUCGUUUAAAUAGACCAAAUAGAAGACUCUUUGGAAAAUAAGGUACAGCAAUAAGAGGAUUACCUGAUAAAAAAAGAACAGUACUUACAUUUAAGUAGAGACUAGCAUUAAAGAAAGGAACAGUAACACCUAAUACAAAUAAAUCAAAGUCAAGAGACAAAGAACCUACUUAAAGACCUGAUAGUAAAGCUGAUACUUCAAGAUAAAAAAUAACAGAAGGCAGAAGUGCUCAAAGAGUUUAAGAGAAAGAAAAAAGCACUAUAAUGUCUACUAAACCAAGGAAAUUAAUCUUUAAAUUAAGAUCAUUAUCUUAAUUACAUGCUGGAUCUAUCACAUCAUUUUAUUUGAAAUUAGCUCUAUUCUAAAAUAUUAAAUUAAUUGAAGAUGACUCUAAAAAUAUGUGUGUAUUUAAUAAAGAAUUAGAACCUGAUGAAAAAGGUGAUAAUUAUUUUAAUUAUACUGAAACAUUUACUUUUGAUUUAAAUCUAACAAACUAUUUUCAAGAAUAAAAUUAAGAUGACAUCUUAAAUACUUAUUUAUUUAUGGCUGUAUUCAAAGAUAAAUUAGAUUUAUUUGGUUGGCAUGCCUUGUAAGUAUUUGAUUUUACAGAUGAUCAAUAUAAAAUUAAUAGUGGCAUCUAUUCUGAAAAUCUGUAUGGACCUCCAGGUUAAGCACCUCCUUUUAAUUUAAAUAGAACUAAACGAACUAAUAAUUAAAUCAAUUUUAUUAUUAUGUAAGAUGAUGAUAGAGUUCUUUAAUUACCUACUUAUGAUAAUUAUAAACUUGAUUAAAAAUGUAAGUUAUUAUUAUUUAAUUAUUAUUAGUAUUAACAGAAGAAGAUAGAGAAUAAAAAAAGAAACUCUAUAGUGUUGCAAAUCCUAAAUGGAAUACUUAAAUUAGAUUGGACAUUACACUUUUAAAAAACUUUUCUCAAAAAGAAGAUUUUAUUAUGAAAACAUUUGUUAUAGAAGGAGAGAAUAUUAUUAUAGAUGUUUUGGAUAGACAAUGUAUUAGACAUGAUAAUAUUGAAUUAUUUGAUGGGUAAGGCAAAGGAGAAAUGAUUGUUAACCAUACUAUAAUUCUACGUAUUGGUACAAGAUAUUUAAUUGAUACAUUUACAUAAACAUAUAAGAAAUUAGCUUAUUUAUUUAAUUUUAUUCAAAAAAAUGAAAUAAUUGGUAGUUGUCAAAUGAAUUUAUUUUCAAGUAGUGGUACAUUAAAUAUUGGAUAAUAAAGUAUAUUUGUUCAUGAUCUGGAUGCAAGUGGGAAAAUUGGUAAAAAAACAAAUAGAUAAAUGUACUUUUUUAUUCAAGAAGAAAACUUAAAUUUAAUUGAUAUAGAGGAAACACCAAAAUAUGCUUAACAUAUCAAAGAUAAAUAAUAAAAUCUUUAAUUUGAUUAAAAUAAAGGAUUAGUCAUUUAAAUUGAUUAUUUAAAUGAUUAUGUAAAUUAAAAACCAGUUGAUUUUACAAUUUAAAUAUAUAAUGGUAAUGAACCAGCAAUUGAUGAAGAUGGAGUUAUAUGUGCUUAUACUAGUUCUAAAAAAUAUUAACCAUCUACUAAUUAAAGUGUUACAAUAAAUGGAUUUGCUUAUUUUAAAUUACCACUCACUUAAUUAUUACAUAAAAAAGUAGAAUUAGACAAAUUUUAUGUAUUCAUUUCAUUUCAAGAUCUAGGAUGGAUAAGUUUCUAAUUAUUUUUGAAUGGACAACUUAAUAGUUCAGAAUUUGUUGGUAAAUUAUAUCAAGGUGAAGUACCUGCUCCUCCUGUUGAUUAUACUUCUAUUAAAAAAAUAAAUACAAAGAUUUCUUAUUCUGUUAGAUUUGAUUAUAAACCAAUUGAAGAACAUAAUGAUGAUGAAAUUUAAGAAAGUCGUCCAUAAAUUUAUAAAAGUGGAACAUCAAAAAUUUAAUAAUCUAUUCCUAGUGAAUAGGUAGCAAAAAUAGCAUCAAGAAGAACUAUGAAUUCUACAGAAAAUACUGAUAAAUUAAUAAUUGUGCUUAUUAAUGUUAAUGGAUUUCUAAAUCAAGCAGUAUUGAUUAUUAAAGGUCUUUUAAUGAUGGAUAGUAAACCUCUUUUAGAUAAAAAUAAUUAAACAUGUUCUUUUAAAACUGAUAAAGUUAAUAAUGUACAAAAAGUAGCAUUCUUUAAUAAAAUGAAAUUUGCUUUUCUUUUAGAUACUACAAUAUUGAAUAUGGAAAGUUAUUUAUUUAUAUCUGUAUUAGAUGAAAAUGAAACUGUUAUAGCAUGGUUUGGAAGAAGACUUGUUUCAUCUGUUGGAAAAGUAAUUAGAGGGUAAUAAUUUGAAUAUUUAUUUGCACCACCACUUAUGAGACCUCCACUUGAUAAAUCUAAAAUAACUACUUUAUAGUAGUCAAUAUAAUUUGAAAUUAAAUGA